AUGGAUGGAGAAAGUUUCUCAUUGCUCUGCGAAGCUGAUUCCGACCCACCGUUGAACAUUCGUUACAAAUGGCUUUACAACGGAGCCGAAAUGAUGAAAAGCAAUGCAUUAUGGGAUCUAACGAACAAAAAGUUAACCAUAUCAAAUGCGAAGAGCCGUGACAGUGGCGUCUACACCUGCAUUGCCUACAGCUCAAGCUCGGAGAAAAGAUCUAGCGCAAUUGUGAUAGUCCACGGACCGCCAGAAGCCCCGGAGAAUCUACGACUUCACGGAACAUGCACAAACUUCACUGCAAACCUCACAUGGAUCAUUUCAUACCGUAAUCCAUACAAGCCCUUGACGGGUAUCCAAUUGCAGUGGGGUAUUAUAUCACAUGACACGAUUACAUGGUACAACGCAUCAGAUUACGUGCAAGGCAACGUAGAAGGCCAUAUCUUGAAAGGAAUGAAACCUUACGCAAAGAUAGUAUUCCGAGCGUUUGCCGAGAACGUAGACGGACUGAGCGAGUCAAGUAAUGUCACUAAAGGACCAACGUGCAAAACUCCAGCUGAGAAGCCUUCGUUCUGUCCCAUUAUUGUGAAUGGAAGCUCAACACGUCCUCAUGACAUUAGAGUAACAUGGCAGGAAGUUCCAAAACUGAAUCAAAACGGCCCGGGAUUUGGUUAUGUAUUUCAAAACAGAAAAUCUGGUAUUAAAAUAUGGCAACAAGAAGUUCUUCCAGUUGGCAGUGCCCCGGAGUUUAUCAUCAACAAUACAGCUCCGUUAGAGUUGUGGGAAUUUUGCGUACUAACUUACAAUAGCGAAGGAACAAGUGGUGAAUGUCCUAUUGCACAGGCGCCUUCGGGAAAGCAAGCGAUGAUCAUCUUCACAAAACGACCUCAGAACAAGACAGAUGUGAAGAAAGGAGAAAGCUUCUCACUACAAUGUGAAGCUUACUCCAAGCCAGAUCUACCUAUCCAAUAUAAAUGGUUUCACAAUGGAAAAGACUUGGGAAAAAGCAAUCAAACCUUAAAUGUGACUUCAUCUCAACUACAAGACAGCGGAGAAUAUAAAUGUCGAGCGUUUGUCAAGACGAACAUUUACAAUACAGGAAAAACUUCAACGGCCCUCGUCAUUGCUAACGGUCCUCCAAAUGCUCCACAAAAUUUAAACAUCAAUGGAGGAUGUCAAAACUUCACUGCUAAUCUUACUUGGACGUUAUACCUCAACCCUUAUCACACUGUGGACAGAGUCUUCAUCCAGUGGAGUGUGAUGGAAAAUAUGACUAUGUGGUACAAUGUAACGGACAACAUGACUGUAAGUGGUAACAUAGAAGGUCGUAUCGUGAAGGGACUGAAUCCUUACACAGACAUAGUUUUCCGAGUAAUUGCUGAGAACGUUUAUGGAUUGAGCGAACCAAGUAAUUACACAAAAGGACAAACGUGCAAAACCCCAGCUGAUAAAAAUCCUCUGUCGGAUACAAAUUCAGCCACCGUCUCACAUGCAAGAACGUGGCUGUUCAUCUUGGGCUAUUGUUUGGUGGUCUGUUAUGUGGCACAAUAAAUCCAAGCCACCAAUGUCCUGAACAUACAACACCUGAUUAUUUUAAGCUUCGAAAGCAUUGAAAAGAUUAUCAUUGACAGUGACAAAAAAUUUUCAAACUACAGA